AUGGAGCCGAUAGUGGCGAAAGAAAAAGUGGACAAGCAAAAAGAAGAGCGAGAGGAGGCCCUUAUCGAGUUCUACGGUUCCUUCAAAGACCUGUUUGAGUUCUUUUGCUCGAACACCACCAUCCAUGGCACCGUCCGUCUGGUUUGCUCGAGCCGUAACAAGAUGAAGACGGCCUUCUGGGCUCUUCUCUUGCUCUCCAGCUUCGCCAUGUUGUAUUGGCAGUUCGGUUCCAUCUUCAGCAACUACUGGAGCUACCCUGUCAUCAUGACCAUCUCUGUUCACUCAGAACCAAAGAUGUUCCCUGCCAUUACCAUCUGCAACCUGAAUCCCUACAGGGUCGACGCUGUCCGUGAGAAGAUGGCCGAGCUGGAUUUUUUAACGAACGAUACUUUCUUUAAAGUAUACGGCUUUGAAAUUCCAAAGAGCGUACUGGAAGAUGAUCUGAAGUCAGAGGAUUGGCUGAACGAUAAGUUGAGCAAGGUCAACAUCUCCGGCUUCGAUCUAAGUAAAGACUUUGGGCUGUUGAAGUUCGGUAGAAACCACGCAAAAGUGGGUUUCCAGCUGUGCAACGGAACAGGCAAAAAUUGCUUCAAAAAAGCAUAUUUAUCCAGCGUUGACGCCCUCCAGGAAUGGUACCGUUUUCACUACAUUAAUAUCAUGUCUCAGAUCCCGCCUAUCAUCGUUUCCGAUGAUAAGCAUUGCCUUCGGGGCACCCAAGACUUGGUUUACUCUUGCCGGUACAAUCAGCAGCCCUGCCCACCCAGGGACUGCACACAUUUCCAUCAUGCCAUUUAUGGAAGCUGCUUCACUUUUAACAGUAAUGGGACGGAAGAAGACUGGAAAGCGUCAAAGCCUGGGAUACCUUACGGCCUGUCCCUCAUUCUGAAGGUCGAGCAAAAGGAUCACAUCCCGCUGCUGUCCACCAAGGCGGGGGUGAAAGUUAUGAUCCACAAGCACAACCAGUCGCCGUUCCUGGAGCACGAAGCGUUCGACGUUAGGCCGGGGAUCGACUCCACCAUCGGAAUCAACCAGGCCAAGGUAACUCGCUUAGAUGGAAGUUAUGGUGACUGUACAAAAGACGGAAAGAACGUGAACGUCACACUCUUCUACGAGAGCAAUUAUACACUGCAGGCCUGUCUGCAUUCCUGCUUCCAGCAGUUGAUGAUUAAGCGCUGCGGCUGUGGAUACUAUUACUACCCGUUGCCUAAAACUGGGGCGAAGUACUGCAAUUACAAGAACAACCCAGGCUGGGGUCACUGCUUUUACCUAGAGUAUGACCAGUUUGCCAGGCACGAACACGAAUGCUUGCAAAUAUGCCGGAAGCCGUGCGAGAAAGGCAUUGCCAAAGUGAACAUCUUCUACGAACAUCUGGAUUCCUAUUCAUUGGCUGAAGAUGCUGGAUACACUGCGGACGUGGCAAUGUCCAACAUGGGAAGCCAGUGGAGUCUCUGGUUCGGGUCCUCGGUGCUGUCGGUGGUGGAGAUGUUGGAGUUCCUGGUGGACAUCGUCAUUCUGUCCCUCAUCUUCUGCUACCGUUGGAUGACAGCCAAGAAGAUAAACGUGAUGAUGGAGUCACCCGCCAUCUCGACCGUGAGCUUGACUUUGGAGAAAUACCGAUACGUGGAGGAGGGGCUGGCCGCUAGCCCUAACAUGACUAUAUUAUACCCCAGUGACGGAGAUGCCUCCUUGGACAAAAAGGAUAUCUCCGGUCUCUUCUCAAAAUACGGCGGGUGCCACAUCCCAGAAUUGUACACGGGAGUUGUGCUCAAUGGGUUUAAAUAUCAGGAGGACCAGUGCACAGGAACAGGUCUCAACGGAUAG